AUCAGAGGGCACCAGGAAGUUACAGGUUUAGCGUGUUGUGGCUGUGUGUGUGCGCGAGCUUUGGCGCCGCAGCCUCGGUGUCUCCUUGUCCCGCUACCCUCCCUGGCUCGCACAAAUGGCGGCGGGAAAUUUGAGGCUGCCCGGGGAGGGGAUACUCAUUGGGGACAAAUACUAUUCCGGCGUACUGCUGUCUCUGGAAAACUGCAUUUUACCAGCUGAGCAGUUAUGUCGGACCCCGUCGACCGAGCACGGCUUGUCUUCGGAGACAGAAGAGCAGCUUCGGAUUAGGGGUUGCGAAAUGAUCCAGGCCGCGGGAAUACUGCUCCGACUUCCACAGGUCGCCAUGGCCACCGGGCAGAUAUUAUUCCAGAGGUUUUAUUAUUGCAAGUCGUUUGUACGACACUGUGCAGAGACCGUUGCCAUGGCGUGUGUGCACCUGGCCUCCAAGAUUGAAGAGGAGCCUCGCCGAGUGCGUGACGUGCUGAAUGUGUUUCACUUCUUGAAAGGAAGCAGGGGACGCAAAGGCUGCAGCCCCAUGCCUUUGGACGGCAAUUACAUCAACAUGAAGGGCCAGGUGAUCAAAGCUGAGAGGAGGGUGCUGAAGGAGCUGGGCUUCUGCGUGCAUGUCAAACACCCGCACAAGAUCAUUGUAAUGUACCUCCAAGUCUUAGAAUGUGAAAAGAAUACUGAGCUGGUUCAGAUGGCCUGGAACUACAUGAAUGACAGCCUAAGGACAGACGUGUUUCUGAGGUUCAGUGCCGAGACUGUUGCCUGCGCAUGCAUUUACCUGUCUUCCAGAUUCCUACAGAUUCCCCUGCCAGUCGACCCCCCUUGGUUCUCCCUGUUUGGCGCAUCGGAGGAGGACUUGCGGGACAUCUGCGGGAGGAUCCUGCACCUGUACACGGUGCCCAGCGUCCCGCUGGCCGCCCUCCUGAAGCAAGUGGAGGAGGCGAAGCAGGCCCUGGAUGCCCUGAGCAGCAAGGGCAAAGUCAGCAUCUUCAUCUCCGCCGCCGCCACACCCACCCUCGAGCCACCCACCUGUUUCUCUCCUGCCUCCAAAGCUGUGUCUCCUAUGAAUCCUGGAGCCAACCAGGAGCCCUCUCUAUGUAAUGUCCUCCUGAAGAACGCCUGCCGGAAACUUCUCAAUGGAAACGAAGAAAAGCGAAUUAGCCGCAGUGAGGAGAGACCAAGAGUGGAACCCAAGAGUGCAACUCCCCCUAAGCGCAGACGCAGUCGGAGUGUCACCUCUCCCCGCCAGUCUUUAUCCCCGGUGCGGCACAAGAAAGAUUCUCACAGGGAAAGAGAGAGGGAAAAGGAGAGGGAGAGAGAGCGAGAGAGGGAGAGAGAGCGAGAGAGGGAGAGGGAGCGGGAGCGAGAGAGGGAGCGGGAGCGAGAGAGGAAGAAAGAAAAGGAUAGAGAGAGAGAUAGGAGUCGAGAGAGGAAUAGAGACAGAGAAAAAGAGCGGGAACGAGAGCGAGACAGGGACAGGGACCGAGACCGGGACCGACAGAGGGAUAAAGAGAGGGACCACCGGAGAGAUAGAGAAAAGGGGGAGCGCAAUGGGUCGAGAAAGGAGAUAUCCUCACACAGAAGAUAAUGCCUCAAAUCAUAAGAGACUGUUCUGAAUACUCAUUCUGUAUAUCAUGGACCAAACACCGGAAUGUGUUAUUUUUUUAGUCUUUGGAUUGAACAUUUUGUAGUGCUGAAAUGCAUUUUUUGUAUUAAAUCGUGUUUUAACGUUUAUUUUA